AUGUUGUCUCAUAAGCCAUCUCAACAAAUGUCGUCUCCAGCAUAUCGUGACGAGACAUCCCAUGGAAAGGGUCGGCCGGCAGCCGCGACUGCCUGCGAGGCCUGUCGGAAGCUCAAGAUGAAAUGCACGCGAACUGCACCGCAAGCACACAAGAAUUCCCUAUCCGAACCAUGCGACCGGUGUAAACGGACUAAUCGCCCGUGUAAAGUCCCCGAAUCACGACCACUGGGCAGGCGGCGAGGGGCUUUGGGCCGGUAUCGCGGGCUCGAGAAGGCGUACCGGAAGCUGCAGGCGGAGGCGAAAAAGGCAAACCUUUCACAUGGGCUGGAAGAGGUUUAUGAUCAUGUGCCGCUGCCGACAGACGAGAGCCUGGCAUUCGACUCUUUCUUGACCAAUGAGUCGUCUGAUCCUCCGAGGUUUGCUGCGACCAGUGAAGCCCGGGCAGCCCCUGGGACUCCAUUUCUGGGGCCUGAAGUGAGAACUCCCGGGACUGUGAUUCAGGGGGACCACCGGGAAGACGUCGAAGUUCAGGUAGAGCCGGCGCUGGAACCGAUGAGUAACCCGCUGGCGCUUCUGGCCUUCGCGUCUGAUGCCGCUCAAGCAACGGAAACGAGUCCAGCGUCAGUGAAUGCCUUGACCAGCCCAGCAUCCAGAAGGCAAUCUGAUCGGCAACGGGGAGAAACUGAGGGACAUCGUCUUCUGCACCGACCUGGAUAUGUUUCGCUGGGACUGCAGUUGGAUCGAGCGAGUCUCGUCGAAGGCUUGGAUACAUUGCUAGAUAGCGCUGAUGCUGGGUACCAGGCCCUCGACUACUUUAAGCGGACGGGGGUUCGUCAGCGCGACGUUGGUCCAGACCUGGAUCCGGUUGAACUGGGGCUUGUUACGAUGGAUGAUGCUCACUACUUGUUCCCGAUAUAUUUUGCGCGAUUACACCCUAUCAACGGGAUACUUGACCCAGUACUCCACACGCCGGAAUCCGUCCGCAGUCUUUCUUCGCUUUUGUUCACCUGGAUCCUCGCGCUGACAGCUCAAUUUGACCCUGCCUCAGCAUCGAUUGGCGAGCGUCUACGAAGGCACGGGGAUAAAUUGUCAAGAUACGUACAUACUUGCGGAUACAAGUCGGUCGAGAUUGUCCAAGGAUAUUAUAUCUCGCUCCUAUCUGCCACGCCGGCGAAAACCCUGGCCGAGGAGCGCUCCUGGCUGUAUACAAUGUAUGCAAUCGGCGUCGCGACGGAUCUGGGAAUGGACCAAGAAGCUGGCCCAACUGCUUGUUCUAGUUCGUCCCAGUCGCAGCAGUAUCAGAACUUCCCAUCUCCAUGCUCCCAGGCCGAACAGGCAGUCCGGCAAUCCAUAGAAGGGCCGUGGACAGAAAGAAGUGUAUACGAAGAGCGAAUUCUUCGAAAUCGCGAACGAACUUGGCUGAGGAUCCUCCUGUGGGAGAGGGCGAACAGCGCGGCACGCGGCCGGCUGCAGAGCUUUCCAGAGACCUCCUUGACGCGGUCUGUCGAUGCCUGGUGGCUACACCCACUAGCGGACAUGACGGAUAAAUAUACAAGUGCAUUUAUCAUCCUGCGCCAAGUUCUGGCGUCGCUGCAGACGGAGCUGAAACAUCGAGCACAGUUUGCACAAUCCGACCCUCACUGGGUCCGAGACCUGGUUGAUACUUCACUGUAUGACUGGUGCAAUACGUGGCUCUCCAAGCCAGCGGAUAUCGCGUCCGCUUCAUCCCCGGAACAAGUCUCUAUGACGUUUCUGCACUAUGUGUACGACCACGGACGUCUCUGGACCCUGUCACUAGCAUUAAGCGACUCGGUUUCCGGCGCAGAGAACCUGGAUGCCAUCCGACAAGACUGCUUCGAAAGUGCGGUCAACUGCUGCGAGACGGCCGUCCGAGAUUUAGCCACUGUAGGAGAGCCGCUGUACUGCAUGCUGGCUCCUACAUGGGCUAUGAUAUCCUACGCUGCUGUUCUGACUCUGAAAAUAUUCCCUGCCUUGUAUGGGUCCCGGGCAGGCAGUGAUGUCGAACUCCUUUCUCUGUUAAGCCAGGUCGCCCUGCAGCUGCAGCGCGCCGGCACAACGCCGGCACAUCGAUUCGGCAUUGCGGCCCUCUUGGGCCAACAUCUCAUGAUGAUCCUGCGUGCCAGAGCCGUUGGUCCCAGCGCGGAGCCGCCGGCAUCACAGACGCAGAAUUAUGCUGCUCGCCGUAGACCGACUGAAUGGCAACCUGCGGCGUCCGAGAUGAGCCAGGGAAACCCGCUUGUCUCGAACUGGGACCCAUUUUUGACGCCAGCAAUAUCCGACCAGGCUGGUGUCGCGGGUGAUGGGUUUGCAGACUUCUUCCGCGAGAUAUUUGGGCCUGGGUUUGGGGAUUUGCUUUAG